GGGCGCGUCCAGGCGGCGUAGACAAAGGCGGGCGCGCGCACGUCCUGACGCAGCGUCGGCCGGCGGCGGCGGCGGCGGCGACGACGGGGGCGGGAGGGCCAGUCAACGGAGGGAAUCGGCGCCCCGGAGCCUCGCGGCCGCUUUGGCAGCAUGUAAGCAGCAUUUUGCCAAGAACCCAGGUCACCACUGAGAAAGGGGAACUUUGGGAGAAAAUUAUCCAGAGGAAACUAAUGCCAAAGGCGUCUGGAAUUACACUCACCUCAGGCAGCAUGAGACUUUGUGUGCCAGUAUCUCUGUCCUGCUGGCAAAGCCCGUAGCUCUCCAGGUAGCAGGGUCCUGGGAGCAGCGAGAGCCAGGAGCCUCUGUCAAGGGAGAAUGGAGCCAGCUACGAACCCUCUACAAUGAACACGAUUUUCAGCUUACGAAGGAAUUUAAGUGAAAUAAUUAUUUAAUAUCCACAUAUUCAGUUCAAAAGCCUUCUAUGCGAAGAGCCAACAGGAGUUAUCAGGAUUUUUCUGGCACCAAGGCGAACUCUUCUUGGUACUUCUGGCAGUGACAGAGCUGCAAGACAGAUUUAUCUGCUAAAUGUUCUUGGGCAAGGAAAAAAGUAAAACCUGUGGAAGCCGCAUCAGGAUAGCAGAGCACAGACCCCUCCCUCCCUGGCUGCUCACUUGUACAGGAACACAGCCUGGACUUGGAUGCUUCUGCUGAGGAGUAUCUGCCUCGUUCACCACCCAAGUUCGUCUGCUUGGCGAGACCUGGCGUUUUCAGCUGCCUCUCAUGGUCUUUUUCUCCAGUCAUUCUCUUCCCAAGGCUUCUGUUCAGACUCUUGAAUGACGUGAACCUUGGAAUGGAGUUUGUUGCCGCUCGGGGACCUGCUUCCUUUUCCAGACUGGCACUGUUGGAAAGGACCAUCUGAAGGCUGCUGUUUGUUCUCGGGCUGGAGGGCGCUGGCCUGCUGGACGCCCACCAUGCUCCUCUUGCUGCCUUUCGACAGCCUGCUGGUCAGCCUCCUGGGCAUCUCCCUGACUGUGCUCUUCACCCUCCUCCUCGUCUUCAUCAUAGUCCCGGCUGUGUUUGGAGUCUCCUUUGGUAUCCGGAAGUUCUACAUGAAAACUUUGUUAAAAAUCUUUGCGUGGGCUACCUUGAGAAUGGAGAGGGGAGCCAAGGAGAAGAACCACCAGCUGUACAAGCCCUACACCAAUGCCUGCCUUCUGAUGGGGGUGCACUCUCUCACAGGGAUCAUUGCAAAGGAUCCCACUUCACUCGAAGAAGAGAUCAAAGAAAUCCGUCGCAGUGGAAGUAGCAAGGCUCUGGAUAACACUCCCGAGUUCGAGCUCUCCGACAUUUUCUACUUCUGCCGGAAAGGAAUGGAGACCAUUAUGGAUGACGAGGUGACCAAGCGCUUCUCAGCAGAGGAGUUAGAGUCCUGGAACCUGCUGAGCAGAACCAAUUACAACUUCCAGUACAUCAGCCUGCGGCUCACGGUCCUGUGGGGCCUGGGGGUGCUGGUCCGCUACUGCUUCCUGCUGCCACUCAGGAUAGCUCUUGCUUUCACGGGGAUAAGCCUUCUGGUGGUGGGCACCACCGUGGUGGGAUACUUGCCAAACGGGAGGUGUAAGGAGUUCCUGAGCAAACACGUUCACUUGAUGUGUUACCGGAUCUGCGUACGUGCGCUGACAGCCAUCAUCACCUACCACGACAGGGAAAACAGACCAAGAAAUGGUGGCAUCUGUGUGGCCAACCACACAUCUCCUAUUGACGUGAUCAUUCUGGCCAGUGACGGCUAUUACGCCAUGGUGGGGCAGGUGCAUGGGGGACUGAUGGGCGUGAUCCAGAGAGCCAUGGUGAAGGCCUGCCCGCACGUCUGGUUUGAGCGCUCCGAGGUGAAGGACCGCCACCUGGUGGCCAAGAGACUGACCGAACACGUGCAAGAUAAGAGCAAACUGCCCAUCCUCAUCUUCCCAGAAGGAACCUGCAUCAAUAAUACAUCAGUGAUGAUGUUCAAGAAGGGAAGCUUUGAAAUUGGAGCCACAGUCUACCCCGUUGCCAUCAAGUAUGACCCUCAGUUCGGUGAUGCCUUCUGGAACAGUAGCAAAUACGGGAUGGUGACCUACCUGCUGAGGAUGAUGACCAGCUGGGCCAUCGUCUGUAGCGUCUGGUACCUGCCUCCCAUGACGAGAGAGACAGAUGAAGAUGCCGUCCAGUUUGCAAACAGGGUGAAGUCCGCCAUUGCCCGGCAGGGAGGCCUUGUGGACCUGCUGUGGGACGGUGGACUGAAGAGGGAGAAGGUGAAGGACACGUUCAAGGAGGAGCAGCAGAAGCUGUACAGCAAGAUGAUAGUCGGGAACCACGAAGACAGGAGCCGCUCCUGAGUGUGACGCCCGAGUCCUGCCUGCGAGCCAGCUGGAGUUGCUGCCACUGCCGCUGCCACCCCCUGCUGCUUCCUCCCAGACUCGGGCUCUGCCAGGUUGCUCCAGCCCCGGGGACGCCAGCUGCCUAGAGCCACACCAGGAGCCCUCUGCGGCCUGAGUGGAUCCUGGGUGAAGACUGGGUGUCACUGCCCAGGACAAGAUGCCUUCUUGUUUCUUUCACGAUAAGUCCAUUGGAAGAACGCAAUUAAAGUCAGCUGCACCUGUGCGUGUGUGCAGGGCUGAGUGUUGGGAAGAGCUGGUCACGAUCUCGUGUUGGGAGCGGGGUGAUGUUGGUUUGUGACGAGUGCCCACGUGCCAGGGACUUUGCUGGGGGCACCUGCUCUUGUGCGAGGCACCGUGGAAGCAGUGUAGCUUGCUUCAGCCUGACCAUCACCCCCAGCCUUGGGGGUCUGCAGACUUGGUAAAAAGAACAGUCUUGUCUGCAGGGGCUUUUAACAAAGUGAAGGUUUUAAAUUCUUGUGCUGUUGCUUAUGGAAAGUCCCAGAGUGGGUGGAAGAGGCCAGUGGGCCGUUGGCUGCGGUGAGACCUGAGAGUCCUUCUGUGUUCAGACUCCAGGGCCGAGCCUGAGUGCUCAUGUAACUUUGUUUAAUGUGUGCCUCAGUUUCCCCAUCUGUAACGUGGGUCAGGAGGGGAAGGGUGGGGACACCUACCUCACAGGGUGGUUGUGGGGAUCAAAGUGCUCCCGUGAGUGAAGGAUACGCAAUGUUCAGUGUUACAAGUUCAGGGCUGUGGGAUGGGGCAGGACGGGUUCUGAGCUCGAGCUGCAUGGGGCUUUGGAUUUGUUUUUUAUGAGUAAAUAAAAUUGGAUGGUGAAUGAAGUGGGGGACACUUCCAUUUACUCUUUCUCCCUGGAUAUAGCCAUAUAUAACAUGUUUCCUAUGGAGAUUACAGUUCUUGGUCAUUUCCUCGAGUGUGGGUUCCCCUCACCAUCUGGGUGAGGAAUAGGGCAGUUGAGACGGGUUUGCAUGCCACUGGUUAAUCCAGGGUCCCAGCCCAGUCUCGGUUUCUCCACAGAUGGGUGCCAUGAGUAGAGGAGAGUGAGGUGGGGAGACGUGAAGAUGGCAGGUGUCUGGAAGUGAGGACAGGCCAGCAGCCAGGGAGCACAGGAGAGCAGGGCCAGCGGCCCCUGGGAGGCUGGGGCAAGUGGGGGGAUGUGCAGGGGUUUUUACAGGGCCCCAGGGGCACUGCAAGUGUCCCUAGCCCCCUGCUGUGGCUGCUGUGAGGGGGAGUUCCCACCUCACAUUUUUUGGGGGGAGUCCACCAAUUUCAAAUCCUCAGGAGAAAGUUAGCUCAGCCCACUCACCACCCACCCCCUGUUGCCUCUGACCCCACACCCACCAUGGCACAGCCCCCGCCUCUCAGGACUUGGCACCAACUGUGGUGAGUGUCUCGUCUUCAAGGUCACCCUCUGGGUGGGGUUCUCCUGGUGGUCUGUUACUUCCAUGUUGUGCGUGGCUCUUAGUGGCCUUGCCUUUGUGAUGGCUGGUGUCACCGUCUGAGGUGGGGGAUGGGCCUGUGGGAGAUCAGCUGGGGGGAGGAGGGGCUGCUUGUCCCUGCAAGCUGAAACCCCCGGCAUCUUAAUCAGUGCUUGUGAUACGCGUUCAGCCCUGUGGAUGUUCCAUCCUCCUUAACCAGAGACCUUGCAGGUCCCGGAUGGCCAUCCAUCGAGCAGCUGGUCUGGUGUGGCUCAUGCUGCGGCCAGCUGAGAAGGACACCAGGGUGGGGUCAGCGGCAGGUGCAUGCAGCUUCCGGUUGGUCCUGGGUGCAGACCUGAUGCUCUCAUGUUUUAACUUUGUUUCCUGAUUUAGGCUCAGUGACCUCUGGGAUCUGGUUCACUUCUGAAAGUUCUAUGGUUUUUAAACCUGUAGUUUAAACUUUUGACCUUGGUCUGUAAAGUCUUGAGUUUUGAAGUAAGAGGUCUGACUGUUGCUUCCUCAGAGUCUAAAACAUUAGGGCUGCAGUGACACUGAACUCCACUGGAGGGGGUCCAGGCAGUUGUGGGGCUGGGUGGUUUUGAUUGUGGAUCUUGGACAGACUUUUUCUUUCUAUACUUUUUUUUUCUUUUAAAGAGAUAGGUCUUCUUUGUCACCCAGGCUGACAAUGAUCAUAGCUCUAACUCCAGCCUCAAACUCCUGGAUUCAAGUGAGCCUCCCAUCUCCCACCUCAGCCUCCCAAGUAGCUAGGGCCACAGUCAGAUAUGUCACCCUGCCCAGCGAAUUUUUUAAUAUUCUGUAGAGACAGUCUCACUGUGUUGCCCAGGCUGGUCUUGAACUUCUGGGUUCAAGCCACUCUUGCCUUAGCCUGCCAAGUGCUGGAUCACGGGUGUGAGCCACCGCUCCUGCCCUGAGGAGGAGUCACAUUUUUUCAUUCAAAUGUGAGACUUUAUUGCAGCUAGUUAAGAGGGAACUUUCAAUAAGGCUAGUAAAAUUCCCUUGACAGUGGAAGCACACUAGAAGUCUUGAGCCUGUCAGCAGAGCUGGAGCUGGCAGGUUCUGUCGGGGGUAGUCAGAGGACGGCCGACACAGUAGAGCUGACUGUGGGACUGGAUCUUCACCACGUCGGAACCCACGCCGUGUGCUGCCCUUCAGAGCUUUCAAAGGCAUGAUGAGUUGCGGGGAGGAGGGGAGGCUCCAGGGACCCAAGUGCCCACGUCAGGUCAGUGACGGGCAUUCUGGACCAUGUCCAUCCUCUCUCAGAUCAUCAUAGCUGACCAAGGUGGGUACCAAUGCUAUUGCCCUGUGGAAACCUGGGCCUGAAGGUUUCUUCCUGCAGUUGACCAAGAACUUGGGCGUCUGUGGGAUGUGCUCCCACUGUGCCCUGAUGCCUGGAGGAGUCCUGUGUCCGUGUGGCCUGGCCGUCGGUCUGGGAGGGCAGCUGCACACACACUGCCUCUCGGCGGGGUCGGAGGCGCCAGUGGCCAUCCGUCUUCCCUUGCACGCACACCCCUCUCCGCCAGUCAAUACGUCUCCGAUGGGAAAGUUAAUAAAUUUUGCUCUAGAUUAAAAGUAUUGAUCAUUUCAUUUGUAAACGAUAAAUAAAAAGGGAGAACUUUUCAUUGCACCCGGGGUGGCGUCUGGUGUAUUUUGUGGGUGAGAUUGCGCUGGCCGCGGGGGUGGGCUUCUCAUAUGCAUUCCUGCUGGCCGCUGAAUCGAUUUCCUAUUAGUCUCCCAGCACCACCCAGUAACACAUCAUUUCAGUACCUGCUAUUAAUGGUCUUUUGAUAAAUAAUCACUUGUAAGUCAAUAAAUUUUUAUUAAACAGUG